AUGGUGGUAAAAAUAAUAAAAAAUGAAGUACUAAAGCAACUAACUGUUCAAAUUAAAAAAAAAAUUGUGAAGAAGGAAUCAAAUGAAGUUCAAAUGGAAACAGACGACUACUAUCUUGGGAAAAAUAAAACAACUAAAUGGACUAAACAAUCACCUCCUACGUCAAAAGUUUCUAAUAAAAAUAAAAUUACUGAUUUUAUUGUAGUGAAGGAUUACUCAAACAACGCGAGAACACCUUUACAAUGCUUCGUAAUAUUUAUUUUAGAAGAUACUUUAUCUUCUAUUGUUAUUUUUACAAAUGAGAAGCUCAUUGAAAUUCAGAGAAAUCACUUUAGACCUAGAGACUAUAGUCCAACAACUAUUGAUGAAAUUCGAGCUCUAUUGGAGCUAUUAUUUUUAGCUGGAACCAUGAAAACGUCACAUGUAAAUUUGAGAAAUCUACGUUCGACUGAUGGUAUGGCGCCUAAGUAUUUUCGAUCAGUAAUGCCUUAUUGUCGUUUCGCUUUAUUGCUAAGAGUACUCCGAUUUGAUGACAUUGAUACCCGGGCUACUCGUUCUAAGGAAGAUAAAUUUGCCUUAAUCCGAGAUGUAUGGGAAACUUUUAACGAGCAAUGUUUAAAAGCUUACUCACCUGGAGAAAACUUAACAGUUGAUGACAUGAUGUCAUAUUUUGAAGGUCGCUGCAGUUUUAGACAGUACAUCCCAAAUAACCCAGACAGAUAUGGUUUCAAAAAUUUUGCUCUAGUGGAUGCUUCAUGCUUUUAUACUGUAAAGAUGGAGAAGUAUCUGGGAAAGCAGCAAAGUAAAAAGUUUCAACUUGACAAUAAGCCUUCAAGUGUUUCGAAAAGAAUUGCUGAGCCUAUUUUGUAUACUGGUCGUAACUUAACUACGGACUAUUGGUUCUCAUCUAUUCCCUUGAUUACUGAAUAA